AUGGAACACCACAACGAGCAUGCCGGCCUCCAUCUGGAGCUGCCGCCCCCACCCAACCCGUCGGCCGACACGGGCGUGAUACCCCCCAUCUCCACGCCCGACGAAGACGCGCCCACGCCGCCUGCCGACGCCGAGUGGGAUCCGGCGACGCUCCGCCCGGAGGCGGCCAUGAAGAUGCUCUGCCGCGCCGUCGUUGCGCUUGCAAACGUCACGGGCGACAUCCCCCCAACACCCCCCAUCAGCCGCCCCGGCACCCCGCGAGCCGCGCCCUUGCCCACGUCGUCCGGAGUGCGGUCGCGGAGCAGCUCACGGCCGGCGACGCCUGUGCCGUCGGACGACCUGAAGGGCCCCAGGUUCAGGGGCAUCGACAUGGGCAGUCCCGAGGCACACCACCACGAGCCGUCGGCCCGCGACGUCGGCGUCGACGCCGAGCCCGUCCACGUCCAGCAGGUCGCCAUCGCCCGCAAGUUCUACUCCAAGAAGCCGCCGCCCAUCUCGCUGCUGGACUACCUCAUGCGCCUGCAGCGCUACUGUCCCAUGUCGACAGGAGUAUACCUCGCCGCGGCCUCGUACAUUCACAAGUUGGCGGUGGAGGACAAGAUGGUGCCCGUGACCGGUCGGACGGUCCACCGGCUGCUUCUGGGCACCCUGCGCGUGGCCAUGAAGGCGCUGGAGGACCUGCGCUAUCCGCAGGCUCGCUUCGCCGGCGUGGGCGGCGUGCGCGAGAGCGAGCUGCAGAAGCUGGAGAUCAGUGUUUGUUAUCUGAUGGAGUUUGAAUUGCAGGUCACACCGGAGAGCUUAAAGCGCAACACGAUGCGGCUGCAGCAGGCGGGCAUGCAGGCAACCCUCUGCCACACGAAAGUCCCGACGCUGAUGAUGCCGAAAUUGCCUGGAGCAGCGCGAACAGAAGUGACGGCAUGA